CAUAUAAGCAUUUUUCUUCCUCUCCCAGCUCCCAGACCCUGGACAGUGCCAACAUGGUGUGCUAGCGGUUCCAACGAGGGCCCUGCUUCCACCAUGCCUGUGCAGGCAGCGCAGUGGACGGAGUUCCUGUCCUGCCCGAUCUGUUACAAUGAGUUUGAUGAGAACGUGCACAAGCCCAUCAGCCUUGGCUGCUCGCACACCGUCUGCAAGACCUGCCUGAGUAAGCUGCACCGCAAGGCCUGCCCCUUUGACCAGACGGCCAUCAACACUGACAUCGACGUGCUUCCCGUCAACUUUGCGCUUCUCCAGUUAGUUGGAGCCCAGGUGCCUGAUCGCCAGACUAUCAAGCUAAGCAACCUUGGAGAGAACAAGCACUACGAGGUGGCGAAGAAAUGCGUGGAAGACCUGGCACUUUAUUUAAAGCCGCUGAGCGGAAGCAAGGGUGUGGCUAGCUUAAAUCAGAGCACGCUGAGCAGGCCUAUGCAACGGAAGCUGGUGACCCUGGUGAAUUGUCAGCUGGUGGAAGAAGAGGGCCGCAUCAGGGCCAUGAGGGCAGCUCGCUCCCUCGGGGAGAGGACCGUCACCGAGCUGAUCUUGCAGCACCAGAACCCUCAGCAACUUUCUGCCAACCUCUGGGCUGCUGUUCGGGCCAGGGGGUGCCAGUUCCUCGGGCCGGCUAUGCAGGAGGAAGCCCUGAAGCUGGUGCUGCUUGCCCUGGAGGACGGCUCGGCCCUUUCCCGCAAAGUCCUGGUGCUUUUCGUUGUCCAGAGGCUGGAGCCGAGGUUCCCUCAGGCGUCAAAAACCAGCAUCGGCCACGUGGUGCAGCUGCUGUAUCGGGCCUCCUGCUUCAAGGUCACCAAGAGGGAUGAGGACUCCUCUCUGAUGCAGCUGAAGGAGGAGUUCCGCAGCUACGAGGCCUUGCGGAGGGAGCACGACGCUCAGAUUGUGCACAUCGCCCUGGAAGCUGGUCUUCGGAUCUCUCCUGAGCAGUGGUCUUCCCUCCUCUAUGGCGACUUGGCCCACAAAUCCCACAUGCAGUCCAUCAUCGAUAAGCUCCAGUCCCCGGAGUCCUUUGCAAAAAGUGUGCAGGAGUUAACCAUUGUGCUGCAGCGAACAGGUGACCCUGCAAACUUGAAUAGGCUUCGUCCCCAUUUGGAACUUUUGGCUAACAUAGAUCCAAAUCCAGAUGCAGCAUCUCCAACAUGGGAGCAGCUAGAAAACGCCAUGGUGGCUGUUAAGACGGUUGUCCAUGGUCUUGUAGAUUUCAUCCAGAACUACAGCAGAAAAGGCCCUGAAACUCCACAGCCGCAGCCAAACAGCAAGUACAAAACCAGCAUGUGCCGCGACCUGAGGCAGCAAGGCGGGUGCCCGCGCGGGACCAACUGCACCUUUGCUCACUCGCAGGAGGAGCUGGAGAAGUAUCGGCUAAGAAACAAGAAGAUCGGUGCCACCGUGAGAACCUUCCCUCUGCUUGGAAAAGCCAGCCUCGCAAGUACCAUCCCCCCCGCAGUGGGGAAUGUCAUUUCCAUCAUAGGCAACACGGAUCCGGCGGGGAAGACCGCGUCAAGUCCCAAUGGGAGCACCAGCCCAGAGAGCGGCGUGCCCCAGCUGAUUCCCCGCUGCGCCAACACUGCUUCAUUACGGACUCUGGAGCACGUGAAGAAAGGGGGGAAAGCCGGGACCAAUGGCCAGAAUCCUUCUGGGUCUCCCACAGAGCCUCUGCCUGAACAUAAAAUCGGCUCCCCUCCAAAAACUCCUGUCAAUCAGACCGCAGCUACCUCAGCCGGCCCCCUUCCUCCCCCUCCUCCCCUUCCUCCCCCUCCUCCUCUUGCUGGCACCGAGAUGAGCCCCAUCACCCCCAAAUCCAGCCCUUUCACCACCCGAGUGCCCAUCUACCCAGCUCACUCAGACAGCCUUCCGUAUUUCCAAGAUCCCCGGGCUCACCUCUCCUACGAAGCUGCACCCUACCCGCAAACAGGAUACUAUCCGGCACCCCCAACGGUCCCUGCUAGUGUGCCUCCGUGCCUCCCUCGCUUUGUGAGGUCCAGCAGCGUCUCCGAAUCCCCUCUCCCGCCUGCCUCGGUACCAUACAGUGAACAUUACAGCACGUUUCCAUCUCGGGACAGACUGACUGCCGCUUACCAGCAGGCGCAGGCACAGCCAUAUGGGCCGGUCCCCCCGGUCCCCUCUGGGAUGUACGCACCGGUUUACGACAGCCGGCGUAUUUGGCGGCCGCCGAUGUAUCAGAGGGACGAUAUCAUCCGGAGCAACUCUUUACCUCCCAUGGAAGUCGCCCACCCCUCUGUCUACCAGAACUUUCUGCGGGAAAGAUACAGCUCUGUGGACAGCUACUGUUCGGUGCCCUGCCAGUUGCCAGCGGAGCAGAGGGCCGUGCCUUGGUCGAGGGAACCUUGCGGCCACCUGAAGCCUGCUUACGAUGACCCUCUCAGAAGGAAGCCAGAACAGUGGGCUCCUUGCCACACCCCGAAAAUGCCCCUCGUGACUUCUGCUCUUCCUGCAGCUACACCCUCUCCAUCAUCACCUUCUCCUCUCUUCGGUGUGGACUUCGGCUCUGAAUUCAGUGAGAACUCCAGCAGCUUGAGCAGCACGAAGUAUGAGGACGACCAGCUUUGCCAUUACUCGCCUUGGUCCUGCGGCACCAUCAGCUCAUGCAUCAGCGCGGUUGAGUCUGAACCCAAGGACGUCUUGGCUAAUUCCAGCACGGUGCUCCUAGAUCUGGACAGCGGAGACCCCAAGAGGCAGGUGCACCUCUUUGAAACCCAGAGGAAGGCCAAGGAGGAGGACCCCAUCAUCCCUUUCAGCGACGGGCCAAUCAUCUCCAAGUGGGGGGCCAUCUCCAGGUCGUCGCGGACAGGCUACCACACCACGGACCCUGUUCAGGCCACUGCUUCCCAAGGAAGCGCUACCAAACCCAUCAGCGUGUCAGAUUACAUCCCCAGCGUCAGCACGGUGGACUUGAGGUGGGGCUCCUACACUUCAGAUUCUACUUCCUCAGCGCCUUUCGCAGAACGGGACCGCUUCAUUGCUGCUGACGGAUCAGCCCCAAGAAAGCAUUCGAGUACCGGGGACCUCCUGAGUAUUGAGUUGCAGCAGGCCAAAAGCAACUCGAUGCUGCUGCAGAGGGAGGCCAACGCCCUUGCCACGCAGCAGAAAUGGAGCACCUUGAGGGAAGGCAGUCCCCUCGCCUUGAAGCUUUUAAGCAAGGAAAUGGAGCUGAGGAAUGGCGAGGCUGACUACCCCGAGGACGGUGCGGACCCCAAGUCUGACCGAGACAUUGAACUAGAGCUUUCAGCCCUUGACGCUGAUGAGGCCGAGGGGCAGGGAGAGCAAAUGGAAGAGAGGCCGGGCCUGCAGCUUGGCAUUAGCGAUCAAACCGACAACCUCUUCAGUGGGUCAGCUCUGGAGAACGGCCGCCCCGUGGAGCAGCCCCAGGUGGACCCCAGGCAGCCAAAGAGGCCUCUCCUGCACGAAGACCUGGCUAUUCUGACCUUGACUGCUGGAGGAAGCGUCUGGGAAUCAAUUGUUUACAUACCGUUGUCUCUUCCUCUGGUGCCAUCACACUCAGAAAACUCCCUUUCAGCUGGCCUUGUUUCUCAGAUAUCUCUUUUUAUUUUAGUUUGGAGUAGGCAGGGAACUCUCCUGCCUUAUGGGAAAAAGAAAAGCGAUAAACAGAGAAUUGCAGGUAGACGAAAACAGCUGAAAUGCGAGCGAGGUCCCUUCUUCCCCCACCAGCUUUCACAACCAAACACUGGCGUCUUGCUGUGAAACUCUUGUCUUUUUGGGUGGGUGCUAAUCGUGUCUAGUUGCAUCUCCAGUAGUGUUCCUCUCUCUUUGCAAGCAGAGCAGCGGUCCCGAGGCAGCCAGAUGAGGACCAGGGCCUGUUUUAAGGCUCUGAUUUUGCGAAGCUAGGUCAGAUGAGAAGACCGCUCCUCCCUUGGUGAACAAGUAGCACUGUUACAGAGAAAUGAAGGAGACGUUCUGGCUCUCAGGUGCGCGUGCCCCCCCCACCACACACACACACACAUACACACACAUGCUGUAGCAGCAGAAAAGAGUAGAAGUAGGUCCCUUUCCAGGCCUUCAGCUACUGGAUUUCGAGCACGAACGGAGUGAUGGCCACACUCCUUCGGUCGAUGAUACCCACUGUUUGCAUUGGAGCAGACUUGGGGGGAGAAUCAGUGUUAAGAAGAGCUUUGCAGGGAAAGUUUGGCACUGCAGAAACGGGGUCGUGCUAGUCUUGAGUAGGCAGAUUUUCACAGCGCAUCUCCUGCGCAGGUUUUCCAUCAGCAGCAAGCAGUGGAGUUGUGCCUCAGUCGCUCUGAUACCGGGAGAGACGUUUCAUCCUUGCUGAAUAUGUUGUUUUGUGCAGAAAGGCAGUGGAGGACUGUGUGGGUCUGCAAGGAAGUUCAGAGUGUUCCUUCUGCAGAGAGCACAUGGUGAACACACAACAGCCAGAAUAGAUGAGCGAAGAAUAACCUUUAAAACAUAGAAAUCCAGAUCAGUUGUUCUGAGUGUUGUCUUUCAUAAAAAAAUUUUUUAAAAAGCCUUUGCAGAGCUUAGCCCGCUGUGCUGACUAGGUUUUGCUCAAUGUGAUGAGAAAAGGGUGCUGACAAUUUUGCGACCUGGUUUUUGUGAGCAGGUAUAUUUCCCCAGUAUUUAUUAUCUUGUCCUUUGCGAAGUUUAAAUCUGAGUGCACGUCUCUGCAACCGUGUAGAGAAUAAGUGAACUACGCGCUAUCCAGGGGUUAAGUUUGUUUUUAAGCACCUUGUAUUCAGGAAGACUCUUCAUCUAUUAUGGACUAGAGACGUAAAUUAAGAAUGCGAUGACAGAUAUGCCAGCUCUUUCAAUGCUCAGUUAUUUCCUUCACGUUGGGGAGGGUCCCAGUACCAUCGUUUGAUAGCAAAGUGGCGUGCCUUCUGGGCGUGUCAGACUGCAAAAUCCAUCAUUCACAGCCAAUAAGUCUACUUGCUUUGGUUGGAUAUGUUGGGGGGUGCAGUCCAGUACGCCUGGGGAGCACUAAGAUAUCCCACAGUAAGAUGUCAGAAGGAUACGUGACAAAGGGAAGAUUUUUCCACACACGUUCGUACGCCUAGGCUUUGGCAAAGCUUUAAUGGACUUUUUAUAUACUUGACAAAGUCUACCAUUAAAGGACUUCUGGCUGUAUCUGCAAGUGCCAGAGAACAGAGACAAAGCUCAUUUGCACAGAUCCUACCUACUCCCCAGAUGAGUUCUCGGUUAUUUAGUCCAAGGCAUAGGAAAUGCAUGCAUUUCUUCUUUUUUUGGGCGGAUAAAUCCAUUAUACUGUAGUUGUGAUACAACACGUGUGGCUUUUCUUUCUACUGCACACACCUACUGUACAGCCACUCCAGAGUAUUGUAAUUUAGCAUGCAGUAUCUACUCUUCACGUUUACACUAUAUACUGCAUAUAUUCUUUUCCCUGAAAGUUAAAAGGAAAGAAAAAAAAAGACUUUGUUUUCUUAAGUUGAUUUAAGAUUUUAUAAACCUGCUUAGUCUAGACCAGUGUUUCUCAACCUUGGCAA